GUGUCAUCUCGUUCCCAGUGAACUGGUUUAUUGCGGCCUUGGGGAUGUGCUUGAUGUGGCUUGCACUGCGACCUUGUGAACGUCGUGGGUUGCGCUGCGGGCUGCUGAUGCCGACGCCGAUGCCAGUGCUGAUGAGAGCAAGCGCAUUCCCUCUCGACACCGCAUUCCGACCCCAAUCACGGUUUCCAUCUUUAGACGAUCCAAUUCCACGCUGAUCCCACUCAGUGGCCCCGGUGGAGGCCCCCUGCUGCUGCGCCCAGCCUGCUUAAUUGACCACCAUCGCCGCUUCGUUACGCACCGCCUUGCACCGCUUCCGUCCCACCCGCCCAACUUCGACACACUCCUUUCCCAGAUGACAGUGCCCAACCCAGAGCAGCUCGACAUCACCUAUUGCCAUCCAACCGCCGCCCAGCAGCCACAGCGACUACCCUCCUCAUCGACCUGCGACCGACCCAUCGAGAACCACACAGUCAGUCCCCUGAGCCAGAGCCACAAUGGCUCCCAAUGCCACCAAGGGGAGGAACUACCUGGACCAGCUUGACAAUGCCCGGUGCGAGGGUGACUGGGACGCUGUCCCGGAGCUCGUCCGCAAGGUGCGCAAGCAUGCGCCAGCACGCGCCUGUCUCGCCCUGACCGCCGAGAUCGAGCACGGCAUCGUCAAGUCCACCAAGUCCCAGAGGCCUACUGCAGCACGACCGACCACCGCCGGCUCUGAGAACGGUUCCGCCACCGAGGUCGGUGCGGCAGCCGACCUGCCCAAACUGUUGACCCUCAUCGACGAAGAGCACACAUACGCCGAGGACAGGUUUCAGGCCCAGGUCUGUGUCGGCUGGUUGCACUGGGUUGUUGGGGAAUAUAACCUGGCCUUCGUCCGCCUGCCCGAGGGCCUCGAAGAGAACCAGGUGGAGAGCUUGGACAAUAUCUCAGAGUGGACAAGGGUCUGCAUGUUGAAGUCCGCUUACCUGCGGGCCAAUUGCCUGGCGCGCAACGAGAAGGAGAUUGACGCGCUUGGCGUCUUCGAGGGCGCGAUCCCGCGGAGCUCCUUCUCUUGGAGCAGCCAGACGGCCAAGAAGGAGCUGCGCUACUGGUCUGAGCUGUUCCUCACGGAAUACUGUAUGCUGUCUAAUGGGUGUCGUGGAAAGGGGGAUGUCUCACUGGAGGACGAUAAUUCACUGGCAGGCUUCCGGUCCUGGGCAAGGUGGUGGGAUGCGUCGAAAGGGUCAACCAUGGCCGGUGGCUUCGGUUUCAAAGGCUCGGUCCCCCGGCGUCGUAUAUGGUUCGAAUACUACGAGGCCUUGUCGACGAUCCUACAGGAGGACCUCGUUUACCCUUCCAAGUACAUGUUUCCCGCGCAAACCGAGCCGUCUGCAAGGGCCCAACUCCUAGUUGAGUUGAAGAGAACAGAGUCAGCAUUCGAGGCCCUCUUGCUCAGCGAGACAACUUUCCCAAAGGCCGAUGAGGAUAGGGAAGAGGUCGAGCUCUUUGUGGAGAUGUUUAUGCGGAACUGGACCAUUCUUACUGGUCGCGGGUGGAGUGAAAGGGACUUGGGCCAAGGAGGCAAGGCGGCUCUAAGUGCGGCUGUUCUUGAGAUGCUAUACCGCGCAUCGACCAAGACGUUUCAUUCGACUGCAAUACUGAGGAACCUGUUCCUGGUACACCUUUCCCUGGCAGAGUUCGACCUGGCCUUGAAGGCAUUUGACUCGUACCUCGAGAUUGUCAAGAAAGGCAAGGCUCGGGUUGAGAAGACAGGGCACGAAGAAAAGGCUCUCGAUGACGACGCGACUGUGCUUGAGACAAUAUGUUUGUGUGUCUCGGUGCUGAGUCGUUUCGGAGAGAGAGAGGCCGCUGAUAGGGCGAAAGAACUGGCCGUGGAGCUUGAGCACUGGCUUGGAAAGAUCGAGUCGCCCGUGCCGAGUGGUGCGAUGGCUUCUGUCCGGGAAGAUGGAGGCAGGUCUUCGGCUACUGGUGAUCGUGUACCGGCCAAGACCCUGGCUUUGGCAUGGCAGUCCAUUGGCUUGGCCCAGGCUCAAUGGGCUCGCACAACGUUCGAUCCAUCGUCCCGAACAGAUAUCCAGAAGAAGGCCAUUACGUCGUUGCGCACCUCACUGUCUGCGGACUUCUCAACCUCUGCUGACUUCCGGGGGGUGUUUGCGCUUGGACUGCUGCUUGCGGAGCAGAGGCAACUUACCACCGCUAUCGAGCUUGUGAAGACGGCUCUUCUGACCAAAGCACCAGGAGAUGAGAUGCUGGUGUUGCAUUACGGCCCGUUCUGGCGUGAAAGGGCGCUCAUCCCACUCUGGCACCUGCUGUCGUUGCUGCUCAGUGCCAGGCAGGAAUAUGUCCUGGCAGCUAGGACCUGCGAGUGCGCCUUCGAACAGUUCAGGGACCCGGUCGUGCUGUUUGGCCGCCAGGCUCAGUUCAAGAGUGACCAUCUGAAUGAGGCGGAGAAGGAUCCUGAUGCGAGCCAAGGCCUGGUUGAUGAGAUGGACGAUUUCGAGAAGGAGAAUAUUCUGGAGAUCAAGAUGACCCAAUUGGCGAUCGUCGAGGUCACGGAGGGGCCAAGAGUUGCAGUCAACGCCAGCCUGGAACUCUUAACUUUGUUCUCACGCCUGUUUGGCAGCGUGCAGUCGAAACAAAGCCUUGAACCACCGAAGCAGGCAGUUCUGCCAAGGACCUCAGGAACUUUCCGUAGCAUCAGGAGCGGCUUAUUUGGUAAUCGCAAUAGUCGCGCGGAGAGACGAGACAGCAACGGUACAAUACGACCACCCGAGGACAAUGCGGGAACAACUCAACAACGCCCGCAAACUCAACAGUCUAUACAACCCGUCAGCCGGGCACCCACCAUUCAGAUCACGCAAGAAAACGGCGGCAGCCCGCGGGCGCGCCGGAAAUCGACUAGCAACGAGAAACGGAGCGAGUCGGUGACCAGGAACUCGCUGCGUAAAAGAGAUAGCCAGGGACCAAGACGCCGUGCGGCGAGCACCGGGCCGACCCCACAUGCUGCGACAGUCGUCGAUGGGGAAACCUUUUACACGCCCAUGCCUGGACCUGACGGCUUACAGGCUUCUGAUUUCUUCACAUUUGCCAACAAGCGAAACCCACUGUCGCGGCCCUCAUCCGCUAGCCGGGCGAACUCGCAAAUGUCCGACUGGUCUGCCCGGCCGCCGCCCGGGCCAGAUAUGUCUGGUAUCGCACUGGAGGGCAUCGAGCCUGUCGGUGCAGUGUUGCCGGUCAUCCAGUUCGACAAAGACCAGGUGAAAGCGAGGAGGAGCUCAAUCCUAUUGAAGGUCUGGCUCAUGAUCGCCGGGUUCUAUCGCAGAGCGGAGAUGUUUGACGAUGCCAAGGGUGCUGUCAACGAAGCACAGAAACUGGUUCAAGCAAUGGAAUCGGAGAUGGGCAAGGCCUCGACGGACAGUGCCAAGAAAUCACCGGGCUCUUCAUCACUCAGAAAGGGCGGUUGGGCCGGCCAGAAAUCGAUUGAGGAAUUAUGGGCUGAUGUCUGGAACGAGAAUGCCCGCCUCCAGCUGGACAAGGGAGAUGCCGAUGCCGCGCGCAAAGAUUUCGAGGCUGCUCUGACACAUUUCCCCGACCAUCCCGGCGCAAUCGUGGGCCUAUCCAAUAUCCUGCUGGAUCUCUACUGCGAGAAGACAGUGCCACCCCCGGCGUUCCCAGGCCUCAACCUCGUGGGCGGAUCUGACGCCAUGCCCGGUACGGAUCGGAGCACAUCAGAGGUGGUGUUCCCCGAGCGGAAGCACGCGGACUCGCCCAAGCUCCUCCCCACGGGUCCUCUCGGCCUGGGGGCCUUCAGGCCACAGAACCACGAGCCAUUGAAGCAGACCAGCCUGCCCAAGAGCCCGACCUCACUACACCACGAGAGUCAGCUCGAGCCGCCCUACAAGGCGGCUUCGAUACCGAAGGUGGACCGCCUCGCCUCCCGGGACAGGGCGUACGGGCUGCUGUCGAACCUCACGAAGCUCGGCGCCGGGUGGAACAACUCGGAGGCGUGGUUCGCGCUGGCCAGGGCGUACGAGGAGAGCGGGCAGCUCGACAAGGCCAAGGAUGUACUGUGGUGGUGCGUCGAGCUCGAGGAGGGGGCUGGCGUCAGGGAGUGGACUUGUGUCAAUACGGGGGGAUACGUCCUGUAAACACCAUUGAGGGGUUGGUUGACCUGUAUAUACGAAAACAUUCCGCAACCGACUGAUCCCGCGCACAACAUAUAUCGGUUGCCUGUAGGGCAACUAGCUAUUCCGUAGUCUAUCUAUUUAUUAAUGACAAGGCCUAAGGGGCAUGGUA